UUAACGCAUAAUACGAGCCCAAAACUUGUUAGAGCAUCGAAACACUCCAGAUACUUUUAUCGGGCCGAGAUAAAACCCUACAAAAUCAAAAAAUCGGUACAGUAUUUCGUACGGUACUCGCGUUUAACGGUCCAUUAUGGCGGACGUUUCGGAGCACCAGAAGAGCUACAAGUACGACCCCGUGUCGCCGACGGAACCGGAGAAGAAACUCGUGGCCUUAGAAAUCGACGAUGCCACCGAAGGGGGCAGUCAGGCGUUCCUCUACAUCGCUGCGUGUACAGGAAACCUUGCCGCGUUCACAUCCGGGAUCACGCUCGGUUGGACGUCGCCCGUCAUCCCGAAACUUCAAUCUUUGAAUGAAAAUCCCCUAGAAUCCCUCAUCACUCAGAGCGACGCGGGAUGGAUAGGAUCUCUGCUUCCUCUCGGUGCUGUCCUGGGGCCGUUCCUAGCGGGCGCCGCGGCCGAUAAAAUCGGUCGAAAAAGCACACUGUUGGCCGGCAACAUCCCCUUCGUAGUCGGUCUCCUGCUUAACAUAAUCGCCUCCAACGUUUACUAUCUGUUCCUCUCCAGAUUCUUGUGCGGUCUAUCCGUCGGAUUCACGUUCACUGUGCUGCCAAUGUACGUAGGCGAAAUCGCCGAGGAUAGGAACCGCAGCAGUCUGGGCACGCUCCUCCAGCUCUUCUGCACCUUCGGACUCCUGUUUUCGUACCUUAUCGGACCCUACUUGUCGGUGACACAUUUCAACCUCGCCUGUCUCACGGUACCGGUCACUUUCCUAGUGACGUUUUACCUGUUCGUGCCGGACAGUCCGUAUUACCUCGUGCAAAAAAGCAGAGAAGACGCCCAGAAAGCUCUGAUGAAAUUACGCGGCGCCACAGACACGAACCACGUAAACCAGGAACUCAACAUCAUGCAGACAACAGUCCACGAGGCGUUGGACAACAAGAGUACGUUCCUCGAUAUCUUCAAGUCCAAAGGUCUGACCAAAGCGUACGUCCUGUCGAACGGGCUGAUGUUUUUCCAGCAGUUUUCGGGCAUCAACAUAGUGCUGUUCUUCACACAGACCAUAUUCAUAGACGCCGGCGUGUCCCUCGCCCCAGAACUGUGCACCAUAGUUGUCGGGAUCGUUCAGGUUGUGUCGAGCGGUGCUUCUUCGUCGCUGAUCGAAACCAAAGGCAAACGGUUACUGUUGAUGAUUUCGGCGGGCGGCAUGGCAGUUUCGGAAGCCGUACUCGCUUACUUUUUCUUCUUAAAGGAUAACCGCGGCUCGGACGUGUCGGGUAUAUCGUGGUUGCCUAUUCUUUGCUUGAUCGUUUACAUAAUCACGUACUGUUUGGGGUUCGGGCCGAUACCGUGGACCGUAAUGGGCGAGAUGUUCCCCGCAAACGUCAAGUCAGUUGCGUCGACAUUCACGGCCGCGACAUGUUGGUUUUUCGGGUUUUUGUUGACCAAAUAUUUCGCGACGGUGGCCGAUUUGAUCGGGAAAGCGGGCAGUUUCGGACUAUUCGCGGGAUGUUGUGCGGUCGGAUUCGCGUUCGUUUACAAAUUCCUGCCGGAAACGUCGGGGAAAAGUCUCCAGGAGAUACAGGACAUUCUUAACGGUAAAAACGACGAGGACUGAGGGGCAGUUCGGGCACGCUUCGCUACUGGAGUUUUUUAUAUUUAAUUGUAUCAUUUUUUUUAGAAUUCGUAAUAAAAGAGAAUU